CGGAGGGGUUGGAGCAACAACCGUUUGCGGACAGGACCCGUCCGCUGAGCAUCCCGGGAAGGGGUCUGGAAACAGCGUCCGGGUCCGGCCAGGCGUCGGGGGAACAGGGGCCGCCGGCUUGCUGCACCUGCGCUCCCGGGCCUCUAGGGCGAAGAGGCUUCGCCCGCCUUCCAGUUGUGACCGGUGUUUCCAUCUCUGACACUGUCCCUCGGCGCACACACGACGUCCAGCAUCGCCUGCCCGUGACCGGCGAUCCUCGAGCCGAGUCCACCCUGGGCAAAGCGAGGGGUUCAGACUCGGCCUGCUACCGGGCCCCGAAGCUCUGGUCGCUCCCGGAACGCCAGGCUUGAACCCCUGGUUUCCGGCCGGCCGAGGCACUCAGCUGCCUGAGCCCACGGAAGUGGGCUCGGAGGGCCGGCCCCGAACGGACCAGGGAUGGCGCCGCCGGCGGGCGGCGCUGCGGCUGCCUCGGACCCGGGCUCGGCCACGGUGCUCUUGGCCGUGCACACCGCGGUGAGGCCCCUGGGCGCGGGACCGGACGCCGAGGAGCAGCUGCGGAGACUGCAGCUGAGCGCGGACCCCGAGCGGCCCGGGCGCUUCCGGCUGGAGCUGCUGGGCGCUGGGCCCGCGGCGGUCAGUCUGGAGUGGCUCUUGGAGUCAGUUUCCUACACCGUCAGAAGCCCCAGCCAACACGAGCUGCAGCCUCCACCGGGAGGGCCUGGAACCCUCAGCCUGCACUUCCCCAACCCUCAGGUGGCUCAGCAGUGGGCAGCCCUGGUCCGAGGUGCCACUGUGGAGGGACAGAAUGGCAUUGACAGCGUGCCUCCAGCCCUGGGCCCAGAAAUGUGCCCUGUGUCCCCACCCAGCCCCCCUGAAGUGCCCACACCCAAGGUCCCCCAACCAAAGAUGGAUCCUUCCUGGAGUCCCGGAGACUUGGUGGAAGAAGAGCUAGCAGGGCACCUGACCCAGGCCACCGAGGGUGGAGCUGAGAAGGGGGCAGCCCAAGCAGCUGCCAUCCUGGCCCAACAUCAUGUGGCCCUCAGUGUCCAGCUCCAGGAAGCCUGCUUCCCUCCCGGCCCCAUCAGGCUACAGGUCGCAGUUGAAGAUGCUGCAUCCUUUGCCCAUGUCUCGCUGCAGGUCCACCCUCACUGCACCAUAGCGGCCCUCAAAGCAGGACGAAGCCCUUGGCAACCCCAGAAGAUGGACGGGGAACCAGGCUGCCUGUUUCCUCUGGUGUCGGGGCUGCUUCAAGCCCCCCAGCCAGCCAGCUCCGGCCUCCCUAGCCCCCUUCAGACCGUCUGGACCUGCCCUUCCUGCACCUUUAUCAAUGCCUCAGCUCGACCAGGCUGUGAGAUGUGUAGCACCCAGAGGCCCUGUGCUUGGGAUCCCAUUCCCCUAGCAUCCACCGAGCAGCCACCAAAGGUCACAAGGAGAGAGGAUGGCCCUUCCCUCCCAGGCCCCAGGUUCCUGGAUCCCCUUCCGAACCUCUCAGGGGAUCUCUGCUGACUGCUCACUGGGGACAGAGCCAAGGGUGCGGGAGGGGCCACGAGCCAGAGUCAUUAAAGACACUUCCGAGCCUGCAAAAAAUAAAAAUAAAU